UAUCAAUUCACGACCAAUACAUUGCCGGCAGUCAGAGCGGUCGCACAAUCUAAAAUUCAAAGUUGGAAUACUAUUUUUUUAUAGUUGUGUUUGUGGUUACGAUUGGUUGUAGCUUCUUACGUCACAGGACUUAUACAAGAUGAAGGUCCUAUUAUUAUGUUUGGCCUUUGCGGCUAUAAGUCUCGCUAUGCCAGUAGCUGAGGAGAAACCAGACUCACCUGCAGUUGCGGCUGUUGUGGCAUCGCCUAAAACUGAUGACUCGCCAAUUAAAGCUGAUGCUGCAGAGGAAAAGAAACCAGAAACAACCAUUGAGAAAAAAGAUGAAACGAAAUCAUUAGAUUCUAAAACCGAUAGUGCGCCUGAAGAACCGAAAAUAGCUGAAGACAAAUCUGCCGCUGCAUCUGAACAAAAACCAGAAGAGAAAGCUCCGGAAGAGAAGUCAGCCGUAUCAGCUGGAUCAGAAAAGAAAGAUAGUGCUGAUGAAGUUAAACCAGAAGAGAAGCGUGACGAACCUGAAUCCAAACCAGCUGAACAAGCAACUGUAAAACAGGUCACUGACACCAAAUCUGCAGAUAUUCCAGAAAUUAUUCCUUCUCCUGAAAAGAAAAUAGACUUGGCGGCUGCUAAGAGUGCUGACCCUGUUCCCCAGGAAAAGAAAGACGACGCCCCAUCUACUCCAGUCGCAGCAGAUGCAGCUCCAGUUCAAGAGAACCAACCAGCGGAAGUAAAAACUGACGCUAAAGCUACUGAUUCCAAACCCGUUUCAGAGGCUAAAGCUGCUGAUGCUGCUUCAACUCCAGGAGAUGAAAGCUUACGUGUUGUCCGUGAUACAGUUGAUGAUAAAACCAAAGUAGAAGAGGCGCCCAAGGAACCUAAAGAAGUCGAGCCUAAGGAGAAAGCUGAUGCUCCUAAAGAUGCUGAACCAGCGAAAGAAAAGUCUUCUGAAAAAGAUAUCGCCAGUGAGCCUGCUAAAGCUGACGAGGCCAAAGAAAGCAAACCAGAAAUAGCCAGCGAAUCCCCUAAAGAUGUGCCUACACCAGCCGAACCUGCUGUACAAGCAGACGCUCCAAAAGCUGAUGCUAAACCUGAGGACAAACCUGCGGCUAAACCUGAAGAAGUGAAGGAUACCAAAGAUAGCUCCGAGGAAAGCAACGAAAGUGGUGAAAAGAAGGACGGAGCUAGUUCGAAUUCGUCUGAAGAGAGCUCUGAAAAACAAUAAAAUAAUUUAGAAGAGUAGCGCAAAGCGGCGGGCGUGUGUCGACGUCCCUCGACACGCGCCCCCCGCCUGUAGCAGGCCACCUGCUAUCUUGCGCCAACCUGCGUGUAAUGUGAUGUGUGGCUCAAGUGAGUGUGAGUGGCGACUGUAGACAGUCGCGCUGUUGCGUUCACGUGAAUAUAUCCGACUGUUCACUAGAAGACCUAGAGACUUAUUUAAAUAGCCGAAUCGAAAAUUACCUGCGUUGUAAUUAUUAUUUCAGAAAUUAAAUUAUCGAAUUUCCGGUAGGUACUAUAAGUAAUAAAAUAUGUUUUGUAAUAA